AAAUUUAUAUCAAAAUAUAGGAAUAACAACGUUGAUAAUAAUGGUACGAUUCUAUCAUAUCAUAUCAUAUGAAUCUUAAAAAUGUUGUACCAGAAAUGAAGUGGCCACACAUACACACACAAAACGCAAUGACUCUGAAUUUGAAUCCUCUUCCAUUCAAUUACAUGUCAUUCUUCACUAGACGACUCUCAUCUACUGUGGUCCCCACACAAUCCCCUUCAGAUCAUAUCAAAACCUUGGUUUCAAAUGCUCUUUAUCACCAAACACUUGAAUUUUUCACACAACUCCAUUUUACUGGUCACCAUUUCAGUUCCAUCCUUUGUGUUCUUCCAUCAGUCAUCAAAGCAUGUUCCUAUACUCACUCUCAUGCCUUUGGUCAACAGCUUCAUUGCUUAGCUCUCAUCACGGGCUUCCAUUCCGACCCACUUGUCUCCAAUUCCAUCAUCUCCAUGUAUGCUAGAUUUUCGGAUAUCCGAUCGGCACGCCAAGUGUUUGAUACAAUGCCUCACAGAGACUCUAUUACAUGGAACUCGAUGAUCAAUGCUUAUUUGCAAAAUGGGUGUUUUUUAGAAGCUUAUCAAACGUUGAAAGAUUUGUACUUUCUUGGUUUUCUUCCCAAGCCGGAAUUGUUAGCUAGCAUGGUGUCCAUGUGUGGGAGGAAAAUGGGUUCGGGUUCGAGGAAAGGAAGACAGAUUCAUGGUCUUGUUGUUGUUGAUGGGAGGAUACAAAUUCAACAUUCAGUUUUUCUGUCAACAGCUUUUGUGGAUUUCUAUUUUAGGUGUGGUGAAUCUUUGAUGGCUUUAAGUGUGUUUGAUGGGAUGGAGGUGAGAAAUGAGGUUUCAUGGACGGCUGCGAUUUCUGGUUGCACUGCUAAUCAAGAUUAUGAUGUAGCUUUUGAAUGCUUUAGAGAAAUGCAGGUUGAGGGAGUUAAGCCAAAUAGAGUAACAUUGAUUGCACUUUUAGCAGCUUGUGAAAGGCCAGGCUUUGCUAAGUAUGGAAAGGAGAUUCACGGGUAUGGCUUCCGUCACGGGUUCAAUUCAUGCCAUAGCUUUUCAUCAGCUCUCAUAAACGUGUAUUGUCAAUGUGGAGAAUCACUGCACUUUGCUGAGCUAAUUUUUGAAAGGUCUAGUUUAAGAGAUGUGGUGCUGUGGAGUUCAAUCAUAGGGAGCUAUUCUCGAAGAGGCGAAAGCGUCAAAGCUUUGAAGCUUUUUAAUAAGAUGAGGACUGAGGAAACUGAACCAAACUAUGUAACUUUAUUGGCAGUGAUAUCUGCAUGCACAAACUUAUCUUCAUUAAAGCAUGGUAGUGGAGUCCAUUGCUAUAUCUUAAAAUUUGGACUUGAUUUUAGCAUCUUUGUGUGCAAUGCACUAAUAAAUAUGUAUGCUAAAUGUGGUUGUCUAGACGAUUCUCUCAAGAUAUUCCUAGAAACGCCGAAUAGAGAUUCUGUUACUUGGAGUAGUUUGAUCAGUGCCUAUGGCCUUCAUGGAUGUGGAGAACAAGCUUUACAACUUUUUUAUGAAAUGAAAGAGAGAGGAGUGACGCCUGAUGCAGUUACUUUCCUUGCAGUUUUAUCUGCUUGUAAUCAUGCUGGCCUCGUCACUGAGGGAAAACAAGUAUUUGAUGAAGUAAAUGCAGAUUGUGAAAUUCCAAUCACUAUAGAGCAUUAUGCAUGCCUAAUAGAUCUUCUUGGAAGGUCAGGGAAGCUUGAAGACGCUUUGGAAAUACUGCGAACGAUGCCUAUGAAACCGAGUGCAAGAAUAUGGAGCUCCCUCGUAUCGGCUUGUAAGCUUCAUGGAAGACUAGACAUUGCAGAAAUACUAUCACCCGAGCUUAUAAGAUCAGAACCGAAUAAUGCUGCUAAUUACACGUUGUUGAAUAUGAUUUACGCCGAGCGUGGUCAUUGGCUUGAUAUAGAACAAGUGAGGGAAACCAUGAAACUACAAAGAUUAAAAAAAUGCAAUGGAUUCAGCCGCAUUGAGGCAAGAGAUUAUUAGAUUGAGUAGUUUCUAGCAAACCAAAACCAGAAUGUUUGAACUUUGAAGGGUGGCUUUAGACAGGGUCAAAAUAAAAUGGUUAAGGUAGAAACUAAACCACUAAUCCUAAUGUUAAGCUAAUGUGUAUUGUUAUCCAAUAGUUUGUGCAAUGGAAUGUUAAUAUGGGGAGAGGAAGUUGGUUAUUGAAUAUGAAAUAAUUGGACAUUGAUCAA